AUGAAGAUAUUCUUUCUGACUCUUCUUACAGUGGGCUACUGUAAAGGAAGGCCGUUCUUGAUCAGGAAACCAGCGAAUCAGGUGGCAAAUGUUGGAGAUACCGUUGAGCUACGAUGCAUCGUCGGAGGCCAGAGAAUGGUCGAAUACGUCAACAAGGCGGUACAGUGGGUCGAUCAGACACGCGGUCAGACCAUCAACACAUUCGCCGGCGGAAGAAACAUCAACAAGAAGUACAAUGAGCGAUACGAAAUCGUUGGCGAUGAAUCCCUCGGCGACUGGACUCUCCGAAUCAACAACCUGGCUGAAUCCGACUCUGGCAACUACCAGUGCCAAGUCCAUCACGGCCAUGGGCAGGCCUCGGCAAAAGUACUCGUCCGCGUCCCGCCAAAGAAAAUCCUCAUUUCCGGCACCGAUUCUGAAGGGAACCUGGCUCACGUCCCGGGCCAAAGUGGCAAUGAAAACAUUGAAUGCCGAGUUUACCACGACGCCCUUGUCGAUCAACAAUUUCUCGCUGUUUCGACACGAUCUUAUCCGAUGAGCGAGCCACGUGCUAGCAUUGCGAGAUUGGAGAACGCGAAGUUCGGAAACGAUCAGGCCCAGGAUGGGGAAAUCGUCUCGUACCGCUGCGCCACUACUGGACAUCCAGCUCCAGCCCGUUUCUACUGGAACAUCAAUGGUGAAAAGUCAGAAAUUUCUUCAAACGAAGUUUUUACCACCAAAAUCGCGAAGCAGAACGAAGACAGGGCAUUCAAAGUCACUUGUCAAGCGGAAGCCGAGUUUAACAACAGAAUCCUCAAGUCCAACAUCGCCGAAUCAUCAUUAUCCGUCCUCUGGGGUCCAGUUGCUCUGCCAAAGUCGGAAGAAAUCGAGCCUGUGAUUGUCACUGAAGGUGCGCCGUUUGAGCUCAAGUGCCCGUUUGAUGCUUUUCCCAUGGCGGAAGUCGCGUGGACGAAAAACAAUGAUGCCCUGGAGGGUGAGUUCUCGUCGAUUUUGGCUUUGAACUCUGCCGCCGCGGGCGAUUCCGGUCGCUGGACUUGUCAAGCCAAAAAUCCAGUCACUGGUCUUACAGCAGAGCAGACUUUCGAAGUCACUGUUCUUCAAAAACCAGUGAUUAUUUCGCCAGAGAAGCAAGAAAUCGGCAAGAAUGCAUCGCGACCGAUGAUUUUCUGCUCUUUCAAGUUUCAUUUCUCCUCCGAAAGCUUCUCCAACGUGCGCUGGUUCGUUCAAAAAGAGGAUGAUUCGAGCAUUGAGGCGAUCCAGCUUGAGCCGGGCAGCCCAGCCACUUCGGCAAUGGUGAGCGAUGAGAAGUGGAUGAUCCGCUGGACGGAUGUGACUUCCGACUCUGCCACUUCGCUGCUGACGAUUCUCGACGCAACAGAGGAAGACCUUGACGCCAAGUAUAUUUGCCAAGUGUCGAACGAUAUUGGAAUGACGACCGGAGAAUUCGAAAUCAGCUCUGGACUAGCGAACGCUACCCUGGCUAUUAUUUCUGGAGCAGUUUUGGUUCUAGCGCUGAUUUGCGUCGCAAUCAUUUUAAUGAAAUGCAACCGGGAAAAGAAACACGUGACUAAGGAGCGAAACGGAAAAUUGACUCCCGAUUUGAUUCAGCACACUGUUCCAUCAAUGCCCCCAGCACUUGACUAUCAACUCGGACACCGCCAAGACGCUGAAAUCCACAUUUCCGACGCUGAUCUUCACCAGGGCCCAACUCGCAGCUGGAUUCACAAGCCUGACUCAACUUGCUCCGGUCCAGACGACGGAUACUCUACCGAGCGAGGCGAGAGCUCAAAAGCUGGUUCUGGAUCGAAACUGCCAAAUGUGAUUCCUUCGGCUGAAAUCAUAGAGGACGACAUGCGAUCUGAGGAGUUUGAUCGCUACGAAAUGGCGAAUGAGCAUCGACUUACUUCUGAGAAAAUGUACAGUUCCCUUCAAGGCUCGAGUAGAGUCCCGGUUUUUGGACGAUUUUCCACUCUUCAAAAUCGACAUGGCCACAAAAUCGAGUCUACUCUCCGCCCAUCAAGCGCACAGCCUCAAUUUAUCCCCCCAAUGAGCGAGUCUUUGGAAGAUCUUAGGCACACAAUGCCCGAAGGAUCAGAAUCCUCUGACGAUACCUACAACAAUAGCAAUCAGCCUCUGCUGAAAAAUGCUUCUAAAAACGCUUCUGCCAAUGUUUUUCUUCAAACUCGACCAACGACUGCCCGCUCGGUCUCUCACGUGUGA